AUGGCUCUGUCGUCAGUGCAGGUCGAACCAGUACAGCCGACCCCAGCAUCCGCAGCGACGUCGUCCAUUGACAGUCUGGUCCUCCCGAAUCCUCCUCCACUACACAAAGACUGGCGUCAAUAUGAGAAGGAUGCCAACCUGCCGAUGCCGCGUAUCAUCGAGCCUCCCCUGGAGCGCCAGCCUCGCUAUGCUGUUGAGUGCCGCGAGCUGAGUGAGCGGAUGCGUGCUGCUGGGGCCCGCGACGAGUACCUGUCCGAGGGCAUCGUCACAUGCCCCAUCACCGCGCCUUCUUCGCUAGACGGAUACGCCAUCCCGGUGCUGCUGUAUAGCGGCCAGCCGGACACAGUAGAAGAUGUGCCCUGGGUGGCGGUCUACAUCCAUGGUGGCGGUCUGCACAUUGGCGAGGCUGACAGUGAGGACCUCUCGUGCCGGCGCAUAGUCAAGGACGCGAAAUUGUCGCAGAGGGGAGACACAAGGCUCGUCCUCUACUCGGUCGGAUACCGGCUGAUGCCGUUGAAUCCGGCCAGCAUCUGCGUGGCCGACUGCGCCGAUGCCUUCCGCCAUGUGCGUUCACUUCACCCACGGGCACGUUUGCUGCUCAUAGGCAGCUCCAGCGGCGGCGAGCUGGCCGCCCUUGUCGCACAAUCUGUCAGAGCAGGAAGAGACAGCCGAGAAGGCAACGCCACAGACAAUGACGACAACGACACGGACAGUGGCCUGUAUGGAGUCAUCCUGCGCUGCCCUGUCACCAGCGAUGCAUUCGGCGGCCUCGAUCCCUAUGUACCCGCAUAUCUGCGUCCGUUGCACACGAGUGCCGUCAACGCGGCCUUCGAGUCGAGCCUCCUGGGACCUAUGCACCGCCUUGUGCCGCGAGACGGGUUGGAACGCAUGCCUCUGGAGGCGCCGGCAGCCGUGCUGCAAAGGCUUCCGCGCCACUGGAUCCAGGUGUGCACCAACGACAUGCUGUACUCGGACGGCGUCUGCUACGCCAAGGCCCUGGAGACCGCCGGCGUGCCUGUACAGGUUCAGGUUCUCUCUGGGUUUCCGCACACCUUCUGGCUGAAGACGCCCUGGAUGUCGCAUGCCUUGGAGGCAGAGAAAGCUAUGCUGGAGGGGCUGUCAUGGGUGGCGGGUGCAUGA